AUGACUUCUGGGAUUUCAGCUCAAAGAGGCUCCGGCCAGAAGAGUUUUUUUGCCAGCUCAGAUGACUCCAAAAUCUGUGUGGUCAUGGUUGGCCUUCCAGCCCGGGGCAAGAGUCUCAUAGCUGGAAAGGCCAUGCGAUAUCUGGGCUGGGUCGGUAUACCAGCUCGAGUAUUCAACGUGGGCACCUACCGCCGUCAGGACACUCCGCAACCAACUGCUACUUUCUUUGAUCCUCACAAUCCUGAGGGAGAGAGGAUGAGAAGAGCGGCUGCCGAGGCGGCAUUGUCAGACAUGCUGAACUGGUUCAAAGCCGGAAAAGGCGUUGUAGCCAUCCUUGAUGCCACGAAUUCAACAAAAACACGGCGUCGCUGGAUCUAUGAGACUUGUCACGAAGCUAAUAUUGAGACACUGUUUGUUGAAUCGAUAUGUGAUGAUGAGGACCUCAUUAUGAACAACAUUCUGGAAGUGAAAACUACUUCGCCUGAUUACAAAGGACAGGAUCCUGAAGCCGCCGCGCUGGAUUUCCGAAACCGCAUCCGCAAUUACGAAAAAGUCUAUGAGACCAUCGACGAUGACGAGAGAAGCUUCACCUAUGUAAAACUCAUUAAUGUCGGCUCCACGGUCAUCAUCAACCAGAUCAAAGACUAUCUCUCGAGUCGACUGGUCUACUACAUCCAGAACCUCCAUAUCAAACCUCGCUCGAUCUGGCUUUCUCGCCAUGGUGAGUCAGAAUACAAUCUGACAGGCAAGAUUGGCGGGGACUCCAAUAUCUCAGAACGUGGCGAAGCUUAUGCUCGGGCUCUCCCUGGGCUUUUGCGAAAGUCUGGUGUUCCUCCCAAUACAAAGAUUGUCAUUUGGACGUCCACUCUCAAACGUACAAUUCAGACUGCUCGGCACCUUGCGGCUGAGACAGGCUACGAGAAGUUAGAGUGGAAAGCUCUUGAUGAGCUUGACUCGGGUGUCUGUGAUGGGCUCACCUAUGAGGAAAUUGCGGACCAGUACCCUGAUGACUUUGCGGCCCGUGAUGAGGAUAAGUACAAUUACCGUUACAGAGGCGGCGAGUCCUAUCGCGAUGUUGUGAUUCGCCUAGAGCCGAUCAUCAUGGAGCUGGAACGCAGUGAGAACGUCAUGAUUGUGACACAUCAAGCUGUCUUGCGUUGCAUCUAUGCCUAUUUCCUCAAUGUGCCUCAAGAACAAAGCCCUUGGAUGGAGGUUCCUCUCCAUACAUUAAUCAAACUUACGCCUCGUGCAUACGGCACUGAGGAACAACGCUUCAAAGCCGACAUCCCUGCCGUAUCCACAUGGCGUGCGAAGGGCACAUCAGCGAAACAUCAAGACUACCCCACCGAACUUCAAAAAUAA